GAUGCCUCCGGCUUGAUCUUCCGACCACUUCCAUCCGCCGCACCGCCUUCCCCCUCUUCCCGACGCACUAAGGUGUCAGUGAUCGGCGCCGGCAACGUUGGAAUGGCGAUCGCGCAGACGAUUCUCACCCAAGACCUUGCUGAUGACCUCUCCCUCGUUGACGCGAAGGCUGAUAAGCUCCGUGGCGAGAUGCUCGAUCUACAGCACGCCGCCGCUUUCCUCCCCCGCACCCACAUUAAAGCGUCUACUGACUACGCCAUCACUGCCGGUUCCGAUCUCUGCAUCGUGACCGCCGGCGCCCGCCAGAUCGUCGGCGAGUCUCGCCUCGAUCUGGUUCAGCGUAACUUAACGCUAUUCCGG